ACGAAUACUCAAACACUUGAGUCAGCUACUCUGUGCAGCCCCUAUUUCAUCGCGUUGGAUGGUUGCAAUGUAUUUACUGUAAUAUUUUUAGAAUAUGGACAAACUCUUUAUAUUUUCACUUUUAAUUCAAAUUAUUUAAAUUACCCAGGAAUUGAUGGGCGGCUGGAUUGAUAGGCUACAGCCAGUUGUGAGGUUGUGGGUGUGUGGGGGGCAGCCCAUUACGCUCGGCAAAAAAAAGAUCGCAGAGCUCAAUAUACCAUCCUCGCAGCCGCUUGAGGACAUCAAUCUUGAUCACAGUGUCAUAUUUACACACGCACGCGCUGUGGUGCAGCAAGCCACAGAAUGUCUUUUGGCUUCUAUAGGCUACAGCUCACACGAAGGAACCGUUUGGUCAUUCGAUUUCCACAUCCAAAACGUGCUGAUGUCAGUGCAUGACACAAUCGAAGCGGCAGAGAGGCUUCGCCCGGCCCUGAGGGAUAAAGAGACUGGAGCGUCUGCGUUCUCAAAACCUUCUGAAUGAAGACAGUAGCGAUAAUGGCCCUGAAAGUUGAGCCAGGAGAGAUGGACUGCGACCAGCCACCUCCUAUUGAGGUUUUCGCUAAUACUUCAACGCUGCACGGCAUCUCGCACAUCUUUUCCUAUGACCGGAUCAGCAUCAGACGCUGCCUGUGGCUGGUGUUUUUUCUGAGCUCGCUGACGCUCUUGCUGUAUGUGUGCACAGACAGGAUUCAGUUCUACUUGGAGUAUCCACACGUUACCAAAUUGGAUGAAAUCACGACGCCUGUGAUGGUGUUUCCCGCCGUCACGUUCUGCAACCUGAACUCUUUUCGCUUUAGUAAAGUCACGCGCAAUGACCUGUACCACGCAGGGGAACUGCUUGCACUGCUUGGUCCCAGGUAUGAGAUCCGGGACCAACACAUGGUGGAAGAAAGUGUUCUUGAGGCCCUCAAGGUCAAAGCUGACUUCGACAACUUCAAGCCACGGCCAUUUAACAUGCGAGAGUUUUACCACAGAACAGGUCAUGACAUCAGGGACAUGAUGCUGUCUUGCCGUUUUCGUGGGGCGGAAUGCCGACCAGAGGAUUUCAAAGUGGUGUUUACACGCUAUGGGAAGUGCUACACGUUUAAUGGGGGAGGUGACCAUUCCCCACGGAUCAGUGUGAGAGGUGGAAUGGGCAGCGGCCUGGAGAUCAUGCUGGACAUCCAACAAGAUGAGUAUCUGCCUGUGUGGGGAGAGUCAGACGAGACAUCUUUUGAGGCUGGGAUCAAAGUUCAGAUCCACAGUCAGGAUGAGCCCCCCUUCAUAGACCAGCUGGGUUUCGGGGUGGCACCAGGCUUCCAGACAUUUGUCUCAUGCCAAGAGCAGCGGCUGGUGUACUUACCUCCACCGUGGGGAGAGUGUAAGACGACUCCCGUGGACUCUGACUUCUUUGAGGUGUACAGCAUCACCGCCUGUCGCAUCGACUGUGAGACGCGCUACCUGGUGGAGAACUGCAACUGCCGCAUGGUGCACAUGCCCGGCGAUGCCCCAUACUGCACGCCAGAGCUCUACAAGGAAUGUGCGGACCCAGCACUUGAUUUCUUAGUGGAGCGAGACAACGACUUCUGCGUGUGUGACUCCCCAUGCAACAUGACGCGCUACAGCAAGGAACUGUCCUUUGUCAAGAUCCCCAGUAAGGCGUCUGCUAAAUACCUGGCCAAGAAGUACAACAAAACAGAGGAGUACAUUGAGGAUAAUAUACUGGUGCUGGACAUCUUCUUUGAGGCACUGAACUAUGAGACCAUUGAACAGAAGAAGGCCUAUGAAGUGGCCGGACUACUGGGUGAUAUUGGAGGGCAGAUGGGACUCUUCAUUGGGGCCAGUAUCCUCACCAUCCUGGAGCUAUUUGACUACCUGUACGAGGUGAUCAAAUACAAGUUUUGCCGCUGUUCUGACAGGAAAGACUUGCAUGGUGCUGGAAACAGUCAGGGGGCCGUACUUAGGUUGGAUGACGUCAAAUGCCACAUGACUCAUUAUCCAUAGCUUGGGGUUCUCAUCAGUACCUACUACUUGGCCAUCCUGUCACUCCAGAACCAGCCAGCACUUCAAGAUUUUCAUCUUCUGGGGUCUUUUCUGAGCAUCCCAAGGACCACAUUUGACACAUUCCUGUAUUAGGUUGUGUACCGAGGUACUUAGAUUGUCAUGUUCUGGGAGGUUUUAGAAGCUCUGUUCUAGCGUUCUGUUUUGGUUUGUCUGUUUUGUGCUCAGUAGAUGUUGUUCUGUGAAGGCUUUGUAAAGAGAAAAUUCUCAACUUUCACAGCUGUGAGUGUUGAAGGUGAAGAUACAUUCUGAUCAGUGAUCAGUGACAUUGAGAUUGAUACUUUCCUACAGCUCACUACAUUCCCUUUCAAAACAUCACUUCCAAAUAUCUGCACUAUGCAAGAAUGUAAUUCUAACAAUUUGUUUGUAAUGCCCUUCAUUAGGAUUUAAUUGAUAUCUUUAAAGCGGAGGUUAUUAUUGAAUGGGUAUUGAGUUUGAGGAUCCAAGACGAACACAGCAUCACAUAUAAACAUGGAAACAUCAACCCAUUGAAAAGUGUGUAUGGCUUCACUCACUGAUCAUUUACCCGCAUCUUCUGAUUUCAGUAGAACAGAAAAGAACCAGAAGGACAUUUUAUAGUGGUAUAGAGGAACCCCCAGUGCUCUGACUGAAUGUGACCCUUGACCCCUGGAGUAGUGGCCUCGGUGUGAAUGGGUGACUUGAGGAAGAGAAGCAUUGAGCUCUCCAUGUUCAUGAUCCACUCAAAGCUUUGUAGACAGGAGAAGAGGUCAGUUGAAAGGACCACUGUCCUGAGUGUAGACCCAGUCACCACAAAGAAGUAAAUACAGAUGAAGUGCAUGGUCUGCUUUGUAUGUGUGUGUAUGUCUGCUGUAUGUGUCUUGCUAUAUGUGUGUGUUCGUAUGUGUGUGUGUGUGUGUGUGUGUGUGUGAUGGCUUUCUGUGAGCAAAAAUGCAGUAAAAUUAUGUGUUACAGAUUUUGUGGAUGUUUAUGUUCAUGGUAAGAUAUUGUUUUAGUAAUUCAAUCAUAUAAUUCAAGUGCUAUCCUGAGAUCUUGGCAUUUACUGCUGAACUGCAUGGAAUCCCAUGAUAUUGUCUGUCAAAUGUCUGUCACUGUUAGCAUGUUUGUACAUGUGUGUAUGUAUGGAGAAGGUUUGUGUCUACCUGUGUAUGUGUGUGUGUGAGAGAGAGAGAGAGAGAGAAAGAAAGAACGAGAGAGAGACAGCUUCCAUAUCUGCAUGUUUUUGGUACAUUUUGUCCCUACCCAACUCCGCAACGUUGCCUAAUUGUCUUUAGCAUCAAAGGCAAUUUAUUUGAACACGUUCUAACUUUCUUCUCUGAAAACACCAUGUGGAGCUAAAAUAAUAUUAUCCGAUAUGAGAAAACAAAUAAAUAUAAUAUGAUAAAUAAAUAUACGAAUAUAAAGAUGAAACAUGAGGUAUGCAUUCGAGAUGUGCCAUUUUAUGAGCUGCACACUUGUUUGGGGUAAGGAAGUGUGCUAGUAAGGUAGUUUACAGUGAGAAUGCUAUUUUUGUCAAAAUGUAUUUUUUUACUCCACGUCUCCUUAGCCUGUUCCAGAGUCUGCAGUGUUUUAAUCUCACAAGGAACCAGACAAUACAUGCUAGAAAGUACAUCCAGAUAACAUGUAUGAGUGUGUGUAUGCUCUGUCCUGCCUGUAGCCUUUACGUAAAAGGUCUUUGGCAAUUUGGCAGCACUCGACCUUACUAUGACCUUAUCAUGAAGCAUACCACUGUUAUAAUCUAAUGAAUCUUAUCUAUCAGCACCAUGAGGGAUCCACAGAUGUGACCAUUACCAUUGCUCCUCAGUGUCAGACACUGGGGCUGGGACCUGAGAUAAUGAGUAUUAGGUCAGUGUAUGACUCCUCACGCCAGCACAGUGGACUCACUCCUCCCCCCGCUUCCUGUCACCAUCACUGCCACCGACAUUCACUUUUGAAGCUCGUUACUGAAGGACGGGACUGUUUAAACAUGUGAAGCAGUUAAAGAGUUGAUUAGACUAAGAGAGGGGGUAAAAAUGUGACCCGUAGUGGCCACAUCCUCAAAGGCCUUAAAGAGAAUGCUUUUUGUUAGGCAAUAACUGCCUGGGUAGAUUUCUGUUUCAGUUGAAGCUCUGCGUAUCCCUUCUUUGUCACCUUCACCUUAGCCAUUCUGGCCCUGACUGUGGAGCCUAAUGCCACUGUAUCUUUUUUUUGUAGAUAUUUUUUUUCUUUAUUAUAAGCACAAUAAUACAGUAGCAUCGACAUUGAAAUGGUUGUUAGUAACCUCCUUUUGAAGGACUUGAUGGAUCUUGUUAAAGUAUAGUUGUUUUUAACAUGGUUGAUGUGGUUACUGUGAUUACUUAAAUAUGUUUUGAAUGUUUUUACAUAUAGUUUUAUUUGUCAGUUGAAAUGUUUUAUUCAUAUGAUGUGCUAAAAUAAAAAAGUGAAUAUUUCUGUUAUCUUGUGUGAACAACUAUAUUUUAUGAACAACAAUACACACAUCCACACACAUAUAUACAGCAUAUAUCUCCAAGGUCCCAACAUAACGUAAACAAGUAAUAUAAAUCAGUCACAUAAUGA